AUGCAUCCCCUCACCCUCUUCGUCGCCGCCCUCCCGCUGGCAACCCAAGCCAACGCAGCCCUCCAGCGCGUCACAAACUUCGGCUCAAACCCAACAGGUCUAACAAUGGACAUCUCCGUGCCCCCAAACUUGUCCGCCUCCCCUGCCAUCAUCCUCGCUCUUCAUGGCUGCGGCGGCUCCGGCGCGGCCUACAGCCGGCAGGCAGAGUACAUCCCCUUGUCGGACGCGAAGGGCACCUUUGUCGUGAUCUACCCGUCUUCCUCCCGCGACUUCAACUGCUGGGACGUCGCCACAACCGCCAGCCUAACCCGCGACGGCGGCGGCGACUCCACGGGGCUAGCCAACAUGAUCCGCUACACCAUCGCCCAGUACGGCGCCGACCCGAAGCGCGUCUUCGUCACAGGCAGCUCGUCGGGCUGCAUGAUGACCAACGUGCUGACGGCCACGUACCCGGACCUCUUCGCCGCCACCUCGUGCUACUCGGGCGUCGCGGCGGGUUGUCUGGCGGGCUCGCCCGGCUCGAGCCCCAUCAGCGCCGAUCCCACGUGCGCCAAUGGGCUGGUCGUGAAGACGGGGGAGCAGUGGGCCGCGCAGGUGCGCGCCAUGUAUCCCGGCUACAACGGGAGCUACCCGCGCGUGCAGACGUUCCACGGCACGGCGGACUCGCUUGUCAAGUAUCCCAACUUGGCUGAGCAGCUCAAGGAGUGGUCUACCAUCCACGGUGUGAGCUUUGCGAAGAACAACACCAACACGCCCAUCAGUGGAUACACGCAAAUAAUUUACGGAGACGGCACUAAGCUCGUGGGAUACUCUGCGCAAGGUGUUGGACACACUGUUCCGGUUCAGGAGGAUCAGGACUUGAAGUGGUUCGGCUUGUGA